CUGCGUCUUUCUUCAUUUUCUAUGUAGUCUGCGUGCAGCUCUCCCUCUGCAAACAAGUCACAAUGUUUCUCUUUAACUUGUUUUCAGCCACUACCUGGACUUUGCUGGUUCUUUUUAUCACCCUUGUGUUGCUAUAUGGAAUUUGGCCAUAUAGGUUUUUCAAAAAAAUGGGAAUACAGGGACCAAGACCACUGCCGUUUGUUGGGACACUUCUAGGCUUUAAAAAGGGAUUAGUUGCUCUUGACCGAGAAUGCCAAGCCAAGUACGGGGACGUCUGGGGGCUGUUUGAUGCACGAAUCCCAGUUUUAAUGGUGGCAGACCCUGAGAUUGUUAAGACUGUGAUGGUGAAGGAGUGCUACGCUGUGUUUACCAACCGCAGGGAUAAUCCAGUGGCAGGACCUAUGGCUGAUGCAAUUACAACAGUUAAAGAUGAGAGGUGGAAAAGAAUUCGGAGCACUUUAUCACCAUGCUUCACCAGUGGAAGACUGAAACAGGUUUUUCCCAUCGUUGCACGCUAUGCAGACCGACUCACUGAAAAACUUGGACAAACACAUUUGGAUGGACCCAUCGAUGUCAAACUAUUCGUGGCCCCUUAUAGUUUAGACGUUGUGACCAGUGCAUCCUUCGGUGUUGAGGCAAACUCCAUAAACAAUCCAGAUGACCCGAUUGUUGUUCAUAUCAAGAAGGUCCUUAACUUCAGAAUGUGGCCUUUCUUUGUACUAAUGGUAUUUCCCUUCACCGCCCGACUGUUUAAUCUCCUGAAAAUUGAACUAAUGUCCAGAGUCAGUGUGGAUUAUUUCUACAACAUCAUCAAGAGAUUUAAAGAGCAGCAUGGGGCAGAUGAAUCUAGUCGGGCAGACUUCCUGCAGGUGAUGAUCCAGAACGAGAUACCAGAAACAGACAUCAAGAGUGAACAAGAUCAGCCAAGUAAAGGUUUGACCGAGCACGAGAUCCUUUCGCAGGCUUUCAUCUUCAUCUUUGGGGGCUAUGAGACCACCAGUGUCACUCUCACGUACAUCCUUUACAAUCUCGCCACCAACCCUGAAGCGAUGCGGACGUUGCAGGAAGAAAUCGAUGCCAACCUACAGAGAGAUGCUCCAUUGGGAUACGAGGAUGUGGUCGGUCUGCAGUACUUGGACCAUGUUAUUUUGGAGUCACAGCGUUUGAUUCCCACUGCACCUCGGCUUGAGAGGAUAUGCAAAAAAACUGUCCAGAUCCACGGCCUCACCAUCCCCGAAGGAACCCUGGUUACCGUUCCAAUUCACUUAUUACACAAGGACCCACGUUUUUGGAGCUCACCUGAGCUUUUCAGACCCGAGAGGUUCAGUAAAGACAGUGGGGAAGAGGUGAACCCGUACGCGUACUUGCCGUUCGGGCUCGGUCCUCGUAACUGCGUUGGGAUGCGCUACGCUGUCCUCACCAUGAAGACGGUUCUUGUCCGUCUCCUGCAGAGUUACACCGUGGAAACAUGCAAAGACACCGUGAUUCCGUUGGAGUUUAACUGGAUGUUACAGCCGAAACAGCCAAUAAAACUCACGUUUGUUCCCAGACAACAGUAGUUAAAAGGCAGCUUCUCUGAAUAAACCUUGCUUCUGAAUUGCUUAACUGCUGAAAGGAUAAGAAUGAAAGUUUUGAUAAUAUUGACAUUAUUUUUUUAAUGCACCUAGAACAUCAGAUUUUUCUUGCAAUGUUGUUUAUCAAAUUUGUAUGCAUUUAAAGGAAGUGUGUAACAUGUAGGGAGAUUAAUUGGCAUUUAUGGAAUAUAAUAUUCAUUACUGUUUUUAUUAUAAUGAACUGAAACUAAGAAUCGUUAUGUUUAUUGUUAGCUAAGAAAAAGCCCUUUAUAUCUACAUAGGGAGCGGAUCCUCUUCCAUGGAGUCCGCCGUGUUGCACUGCAAAAGGCUUCUACAGCAAAGUAUUGUUUAGCCUCAAUGCUACUGCUGCUUGUUAUUAGUACUUUUUAAUGUUUUGGUGUAAUUUAUUAUCACGCUGCAGCGAUCAUCUCCUCAGCUCUCUGUGUCGGGACUGUGCUCAUGCAAGUUCCCACACACACAAGUACAAAAACAUGGAACUAGGUCGGCAUACAGAACAGAUAGGUCGGGGUGGAGACUCUGAAGUGAACCAGAUGAAGUGAAGAUUCCUCGAGUUGAUGACAAUUUCGCUCGUUAAACAUUUGUGGGUAAGAAGCCAGUACUAUCAAUACAUCUGUUCAACAAGCACGAACAUGUAAACAAAAGGGAAACCUAAUUCAAUCGGCUCUGUCUGCAGUCUCUCAUCCACUGCCGCUAUGUUUACACAUGCAUAGAACGAAACCUUUUUUUACAAACAAGCUGUGUGAAGUCAGAAGGGUAUGUUGUCUCUUGUAAUCUGCAACCUCACCACUAAAUGCCACUAAAUCUAAAUCUUUUCAGGACAUGUAUUUACAUGAAAAUGGCUCACCUUAACUGUCUUUUUCCUGCCUAAUUCCUUCAAGACUUAAUUGCAAGUAAUACUUAUUCCUGAGAGUACUUUUUUAAGGGGCAGGUUCUAUAAUAUACAAUAAAUUUGUCCAAGCACUGUU